AUGGCUUCCAAGUGGGAUGAACUCCUUGAGAGAAACCGGGUCUACGCGGAGACGAAGCAUCAGCCGAAGGAGUUCUUGGGGAUGGCCCCUGUGGCAUUGCCCUCUGUCAUCAUAUUUGCCUGUCUCGACUUCCGUGCAUCUGUUGAGGAAUUUCUCGACCUGAAGCCGGAUGGUAAGAUCAUGAUGCACACCGUAGCCGCAUUUAGGUUAAGCCCAGUGCUGACAACAAUGUUCAUGACAGAAGCUUUAGUUAUUAGAAAUCUGGGCGGUCGCGUCAAGAGCGGCCUUCAUGCGCUUCUGUUUCUUGAGGAAGUUACACGGAGCCAGGCUCUAAAAGAGGUCGUCAUUAUUCAUCACACCAAUUGCGGAUGUUCUAUCCAAACGACCGAGGGUGUUCGCCAGAGUCUGAAGUCUAAGUACCCUCAAAUGGCCGAUGAGAUCGAUCAGCUCGACUUUGGAACCUACAAAGGCGGUGAUCUGGAGAACCAUAAUCAGGUAGUGCGGGAGGAUAUCAAGCUCUUGCAAGAUUCUCCGCUUGUUAGGGAGGAGUUGAAGGCCCAUGUCCGUGGCUAUGUGUUUGACAUUAAGACUGGUAAACUGAGCCUUGUCCCUCAGUAA